GGCACUUGUUGAAGUUCACCUGGCUCCUCCGGCUAGCUGUCACAGUAGUGCUGCUGUUGCACCGUCCUGUUUGUUGCACAGUCUCCAUAAACCAGCAGACCUCCGUACAGCAAUGUCUUUGUCGUUCGAGGGAAAAGUCGUGCUUAUCACAGGCGCCGGAGGAGGUCUUGGCAGGGAAUAUGCACUGGCUUUUGGUGAGAGAGGAGCCUCGGUUGUGGUGAAUGACCUUGGGGGAGAUAUUAAAGGAGGUGGGAAGAGUUCUGCAGCUGCUGAUAAGGUGGUGGAGGAGAUAAGAGCCAAGGGAGGCAAGGCUGUGGCCAAUUAUGAUUCAGUUGAAGAUGGGGAGAAACUGAUUCAGACAGCACUGGAUGCAUUUGGAAAAAUAGAUAUUGUUGUGAACAAUGCUGGGAUACUUCGUGACCGAUCUUUUGCCAGGACGAGUGAUUUGGAUUGGGACCUGAUUCACAGAGUUCACCUGCGAGGCGCCUUCAUGGUGACCAGAGCAGCCUGGAACCACAUGAAGAACCAGAAGUUUGGCAGAAUCAUCAUGACGGCAUCAACCGCAGGCAUCUAUGGUAACUUUGGCCAGGCCAACUACAGCGCCGCCAAGCUGGGCCUGUAUGGCCUCGCCAACACCUUGGCCAUCGAGGGACGCAAGUACAACAUCCACUGCAACACAAUCGCUCCCACCGCUGGCUCCCGACUCACACAGUCUGUCAUGCCCCCAGACCUGGUGGAGUCUAUGAAGCCGGAGUAUGUAGCUCCUCUGGUCCUCUGGCUCUGCCACGAACAGUGUAAAGAAAAUGGCGGAUUAUUUGAGGUUGGAGGAGGCUGGAUUGGAAAAUUGCGCUGGGAGCGUUCUCAAGGCCACAUUGUGAGACACAAGAACCAGAGGAUGACUCCAGAGGCUGUCAGGGACCAUUGGGACAACAUCUGUGAUUUUACGGACGCCGCCAAGCCUGUUUCCAUACAAGAGGGUCUGCAAAUGGUUGUGGAGGUGCUGUCUAAAGUGGACUCAGAGGGAGGAGUCUCUGGCAAUCCAACAGCAUCUGCAGCCUCUGCCUCUGUGUCCUCUGGGAUCAAUCCGAGAGAGGCAGUGGGACAGAAACUACCACCGACCUCCUUCAGCUUCUCCCACACCCAGUGUAUCAUCUAUGCCUUGGGGGUGGGCAUGUCCACCAAGGACCCAGACCAUCUUAGGUUCCUGUAUGAAGGCCACGAGGACUUCAGCUGCUUACCCACCUUUGGGGUAAUUCCAUCCCAGGCGGCCAUGAUGGAUGGCGGCCUGGCCUCCGUCCCUGGACUUAACAUAGAUUUCACGCGGGUAUUGCACGGAGAGCAGUAUUUGGAGCUUUACAAACCUCUACCCACCUCAGGUACUCUGACCUCUCAGGCCACCGUAGCAGAUGUGUUGGAUAAAGGAUCUGGGGCAGUCAUCCUGCUGGAUGUGAACACCUACAGUGGUGACGAGCUGGUGUGCUACAAUCAGUGGUCGGUGUUUGUGGUCGGGGCUGGCGGCUUCGGAGGGAAGAGGACCUCUGACAGAGCCAAGGCCCUUGUGCCUCCCCCUAACAGGGCACCAGAUGCUGUGGUGACUGAUUCUACCACCAGAGACCAAGCGGCCUUGUACCGUUUGAGCGGGGACUGGAACCCUCUUCAUAUAGACCCCAGUUUUGCUGCCAUGGGAGGUUUCAAGGCUCCCAUCCUCCACGGCUUGUGCUCGUUUGGCUUCGCCGCCCGACACGUCCUGAAGCAGUACGCCAACAACGACCCCUCCAGGUUCAAGGCCAUCAAGGUCCGCUUUGUGAAGCCGGUGCUGCCAGGCCAGUCGCUGCAGACCGAGAUGUGGAAGGAAGGCAACAGGAUUCACAUCCAGUGCAAAGUCAAGGAGACAGAUGCUGUGGUGCUUUCUGGGGCCUACGUGGAUUUACAUGGAGCAGCCGAGGCUUCGCCAGAAAACCUUACCCAAGGAGGUGGCCUUCAGAGCGAGCUGGUGUUUGCAGAGAUUGGUCGUCGUAUUAAAGAUUUGGGGUCGGAGCUGGUCAAGAAGGUCAACGCUGUGUUUGGCUGGGAGAUCACCAAAAAUGGCAAGACCGCUGCUCAGUGGACCAUUGAUCUGAAGAGCGGGACCGGCUCCUUACAUAAAGGCCCUUACAGCGGGAAGGCGGAUGUGACCUUCACAGUGUCAGACGAGGACUUCAUGGAGGUGGUGCAGGGAAAACUCAACCCUCAGAAGGCAUUCUUUGCUGGCAAACUGAAGGUUAGAGGGAACAUCAUGAUGAGUCAAAAGCUGGAGGUCAUCCUGAAAGACUACGCCAAGCUGUGAGCUCCGCAACCAGCCAAUCCGUAGACUUCAGGAACUAACCAAACUACCAAUCAGAGAGCGGCUUUGAUACUCUUCCGCCUUUCCUUGACUUGUUUCAUGCGUGUUCUCUUUGCCUCUCAGUGGAACGGCAUAAUAAAUGACCUGAUAGACUUGUGUGGACCGGCCUCAUAAAGUGGGUUAACUUUCACCGUGGUGACCAAACGUACAAAGAUGCUUCCUGAUGUGACGUUUCUUUUACUUGAUCAAAUGCAAGUGUGAUUUGGAAAGCAGAGGGAGGAAUCAGUGGCCGAUUACUGAGGUAGAGCUAAGGCAUCUGGACACUAACAGGGAAGCAAUAAUUUGCUGUCAUUUCAGCUUAGUUUGGUCCUUAUUUUCAGUUUUUCUGCCUAAACGUGCAGUUAACACCAAAAAUCCAAAUAACAGAAGUCGGCACCCGACCCUGACAGAUUAACAGAUUUCAAGUUUGAUUAUUGCACCAACCAAUAUUGCAUUUUUCUUCUGUAUCUGGCAUUGAAAUUGACAGGCACACAUGUUGGAAGGUUUUAAGAGAAAUAAAUCCGAGCAUUACAGUGAACUGUAACGUCACUUGAUUUGACACGUUGGGUGAAAAUAACCGACUGGUUGCUAAUCUGACGGCCUCUAAUUCAGACGUCCACGACUUCAUGAUGAUGACGGACAAACUGGAGUCCAUGAAUGCAAAAAGACGGUUUGAUUUGUACCCGAUACUGUAAUCGUAACAAUCUUUUUUUUUUUUUUUUUUAACAGAAACUUUAUAUCUGAUUAUAAAUUGUAUUGUACAGUUUAUUAAUUAUAAACCUAUAAAUGUAAAAAAUUAGAGGGAUGUUAAUGCACUUCUAAUGCUUCUGUCUCAAUAAAGCUGGUUAUUAAAAAGUUAGGAAUGCUUGCUGGAGCGUCACCGGCGUUUCCUGUCUGUCUUUACACGCCGGGCGAGAGCUGAGAGGGGAAAGUCCACAACAAGCUAUGUGAAGCUCAACAUGUUGGUAGGGCAAUAAUGUGGAAACAUGCUUCUCUUGAACUCAUUAUUUUUAAUAAAUCUGACUCAGUGUGGAGUUGCUCUGCUGACUCUGUUGCCAUGGUAAAGAGUGUCUCCCAUCUGUGACACACUCUUUUUGAAGUGCCUCUGCAGGAAAAGUAACACCGUCUUUUCUAUCCUUUACUUUGCAUCGUUCACUCUGUCGAAUCAAAACACCUUGAUGUGAAGGACAAUAAUCCAGCCGCCUCUACUGUCAAAAUUACACAAAGACAACGUGCUAGCAUAUUUAAGUUCAUUUUUUAUUACAUCCGUACAUUUUAUGUAUAGCCUAUAAUACAAUAUGAUUUGUACAAUAUAUUCAUUAUAAAAUUAGAAUGAUCUGAUCAAAUUCACAUUUGCAAGAUUGUAGAGCAAGAGAAAGCGCAUGGUCAGAUUAGAAUGUGAUGCUAUUAUACUUUUGAGCUGAUUAAUCCAAUGUUUGUCUAUCCACUUGUGCAAUAGCUCAACACCCUGAUGCACUGAUGUAGUCUGUAGCUGUUAAAUCCAAUCGCUUGAGAGGGGAGUCGAGGGAAACGAGCAAUCCCUGCGGGAAAAAAACACUGGCUUUGCUAAAAUAUUUUAUUUUCCAAGUACUAUCAGAGUACACCAUAUCGUUUUCCAACCAGUUUGACUUAUGGGGGAAAAAAAAUCAAUCACAUUGUGCUUGGGGUUGUUCUGGCCCACAUGAAAUUACACA